UUGGGGUGUUUUUUGUCCCCAGAGGAUUCUGUGUACAUGGAGAAGACGAGCGAGCUGAGCGAGUACGUCCUCAACGACACCGGCCGGAUCUUCUACGGCACCGAGGACCAGAUCGCCGAGCGCUCCUGGAAUUACGGGCAGUUCGAGCCCGGGGUGCUGGAGGCCUGCCUGUUCAUCCUGGACCGCCGGGGGAUGCCCCACAGCGCCCGCGGAGACCCCGUCAUGGUGGCCAGGGUGGUGUCGGCGAUGGUGAACUCCCUGGAUGACAACGGGGUGCUGGUGGGGAACUGGACCGGGGAUUAUUCCCAGGGCACGAACCCCUCGGCCUGGGCCGGCUCCGUUGGGAUCCUCAGGAGCUUCCUCAGCUCCGGGAGCCCCGUCCGGUACGGCCAGUGCUGGGUGUUCGCAGGCGUCAUGACCACUGUGCUGCGCUGCCUGGGCCUCCCCACCCGCACGGUCACCAACUACAACUCCGCCCACGACACGGACGUGUCGCUCACCACCGACAUCUACUUCGAUGAGAGCAUGAGGCCCCUGGAGCGCCUCAACACCGACUCCGUCUGGAACUUCCACGUGUGGAACGACUGCUGGAUGAAGCGGCCGGACCUGCCCGAUGGCUACGAUGGGUGGCAGGUGGUGGACGCCACCCCCCAGGAGACCAGCAGCGGCCUGUUCUGCUGCGGGCCGUGCUCGGUGACGGCGGUGAAGAACGGCGAGGUCUUCCUCAAGUACGACACGCCCUUCGUCUUCGCCGAGGUGAACAGCGACAAGGUGUACUGGCAGCGGCAGCCGGGCGGGGCCUUCGCGGUGGUGCACGUGGAGGAGGGGGCCAUCGGCCGCCGCAUCAGCACCCUCGGCGCCGGCUCCGCCGCGCGGCUCGACGUCACCCACCAGUACAAGCACCCCGAGGGCUCGGAGGAGGAGCGCCGCGCGGUCUCCACGGCCACGGCCCACGGCUCCCGUCCCCAACCGCGGCGCCCCUCGUCGGGGGAGGUGUCGCUGAGGGUGGGGGCGGGGCCGGCGGUGGCGGGGGCGGAGCUGGAGCUGCGGGCGGUGCUGAGGAACCAGGGGGUGGAGCCUCGAACCGUCCGGCUCCGCCUCUCGCUCUGCGCCGUCCGCUACACCGGCGUGGCCGGAGCCCCCUUCCGGCAGGAGCAGCACCGCAGGACGCUGCCCCCGGGAGAGGAGGAGACGGUGACGAUGGCGGUGGCGUUCACCGAGUACCAGCCCCACGUGGGUGACCAGGAUGCUCUGAAGCUGACGGCGGCGGGCGCCGUGCAGGAGACGGGCCAGGUGGUGGCCAAGGAGCUGCGGGUGCGGCUGCACAACCCGGAGCUCACGCUGACGCUCUUGGCUCCGGCCGUGGAGGGUCAGGACACCCCGAUCCAG